AUGGAACAGGAAACUAUAUCCCAAUCACAACCAAGCAGGGCUCCGGAUACAAUAUCCAACAGUAACAAACAUACAGACGAUCAAAUAACCGAGGUCCUACCUGAGAAGCACGAUGUUGAGACCGGUUCGACCGCCGAUAGUGCCCAAGCAGGAGUACAGCGAGCAGCAAUACUACGAAAGACGUGGUCCAAAAAGGGCAUGAUAAUUACAUUCAUGGGUAUCUUCCUAUAUACACUCGCGACACACUUUGGAGACUAUUCCAGCCAGGUUUACAUUCCCUACACCACAAGUUCCUUUAAGAGCCAUUCCUCGAUGAGUGCUGCAAGAGUUGCUAGUAAUAUUGCAAGUAUUACUGCAUACCCUAUUAUCGCUAAGCUUGGAGAUGUAUUUGGAAGAGGGGAGAUGUUCACCUUUUCGAUAUUGAUCACUACAUUGUGUUAUGUCAUUUAUGCUGCAUGCAAUAAUAUAUCACAAUAUGCUGCUGCCGCAGUCUUCCACUCCAUCGGUUCCACUGGCUUCGGCCUCACGCAACAAGUCUUUAUUGCUGAUGUUACAAACCUGAUCAACCGUGCUCUAUGGUCAACGUUGCCCGACUCAAUAUCCACCAUCCCAACAUUAUACCUCGGCACGACGAUUGGGCAAUCCGUGUUGGACCACUCCACCUGGCGCUGGGGCUGGGGUAUGUGGGCUAUUGCACUGCCUGUUUGUGGUCUUCCCCUACUCUGUUCUGUAUUCUACCACCAACAUCGAGCAAUGAAAAAUGGCCUUGGAAAAAAACGCCUUGCUACUCAGCUCGGACUACAUGCCUCUCAGCCAUGGUGGAAACAGGCAUAUGAGCUAUUAUGGGUUCAGCUCGAUCUCCCAGGUGCUCUUCUUCUCCUGGCAGGGUUAUGCUUGACUUUGAUCCCUAUUUCCUUGACAGGCGCGAAUCGAAGUGAUCGUUGGCAGAGUGCUACAUUCAUUGCAUUACUUGUUGUCGGUAUCGUACUCCUCGUUCUCUUUGCUCUUUGGGAUAUUUUCGUGGCCAAGAAACCAUUUAUCCCGUACAGAAUGGUUAGGAGUAAGACGGUUGCGGCUGCAUGCCUAUUAGGAGCGUUAGACUUUCUCCAUUACUCCAUGUUCACCGUCUUCUAUAGUAGCUACCUUCAGGUGGUGGGUGGCUAUUCUGCUGGACAUGCAACUAGGAUCGAUAAUGCCCUGCGCGUAUCCUUCCAGGUCUCAGGCAUCUUCGCUGGGUUUUUUAUGAAAUACAGCAAGCGGUCGCAAAUCUGGGUGCUAAUCGGAGCUCCUAUGUGCGUCCUUGGCAUGGGCAUUCUCCUGUAUUUGAUCGAUAUGGGAGAUGGCAGAAUGGGCAACGAGGCGUCAUUCGUCACGGCAAAAGCACUAAUCGGUAUCGGUCGAGGAUUCUACCAAACCGCAUCGCAGGUCUCAGCGCAAGCCGUAGUAUCCAAGCAAGAGAUAUCUGUUGUGACCGCUGUAUUCUUCGCAUCGAUGGGGGUUGGUGGGGCGAUUGGUACCAGCAUAUCAGGAGCAAUAUGGAGAAACAACCUUCCCACAAAAUUGCGGACAUAUCUUCCCGACGAACUGAAGCCGCAAGCCAUGGCUAUCUUCCAGUCAAUUGUCACAGCGAAGAAGUAUGCCAAGGGAACGCCAGCCCGGGACGCUAUCGAUCGUAGUUAUCGGGAGACACAACGGCUCCUGGCGAUUGGUGGUUUGUGUGCCGUAUCACCAAUGCUUAUUGUUAUGUUCUUUCUGAAGAAUGUGCAUCUUGACCAGCGCGAUAACGUGGUCGGGGACGAAGUAGAAAUGCCUGACAAAGCAGAGGGUGAAUCCAGAAAGCAGGCGCUUUGA